AUGGUGAUUUAUCUACAAACAUUUAUGGAGUUGGAACUUGGAAGCGGUUGCAAAGUUUCCCUAUCUUGUUCGUUUUGGUGGAAGGAUAUGGUAAAAAUAGGCUCUUUUUCUUCUUGUGAUCCGAUUGUGGAAAAUUGUAGAUUCUCCGUGCACAAUGGGUUCAACACUCCAUUUUGGGAAUCUAUAUGGUUGGAUGGAAAACCUCUUAAGGAGGAAUUUCCGGAUAUUUUUGAGAAGUCUCGUUUGAAGAAAGUUUCGGUGGCAUCGAUGGGAGGUUGGAAGGAGGAAAGGUGGUUGUGGGGGGAUUUAGGGAUAAGAGAGGACAUGUUGGAGGAUGAUGUUUUCGGAGCAAUGUAUGGCGCUUUGAAGGGUCGUUUGGAGGAAUUCGGUGGUUGGAAGGAAGAGAAGGAUUCGGUGGAGUGGAUUGGGAGAACGUCCGCGGAUAAGGUUUUCACGGUGGCAUCUUGUUAUGAUUUUUAUAUGCGUCUUCGGAUCCCCUUUGGGCCUUAUAACAAAAGUGAUGAGGCUUUCGGCUUACUUUGGAAGACGGAGGUUCCUUUUAAAAUAAAGGCUUUCGGUUGGAGGCUUUUCUGCAAUAGACUUCCCACAAAAGAUCUCUUGUUGAGUAGAGGUAUGUCAAUACCUUUUGAUAGUUUAAAUUGUAUUUUGUGUGGCAAUUGUGAGGAGACCAUGAAGCACUUCUUUUUUAGUUGUUCGGUGGUUAAAAAGGUGUGGGAGGAGGUGGCUUUAUGGGUGGGUAAAGGGGAGACUAAUGAUAAUGAUUGCAUGUCAAAUUUUCUAGAUUGGUAUUGUUUCUUUCGCUUAAAGAAAGUGAAAGAGGGAAAGUUAGGGGUGGUGUGGCUUGCGACCUCUUGGACCCUAUGGAUUCUUAGAAACGGUGUUUGCUUUCAGGAGGACAAGUGGAGUGUAAAUGAUAUCGUUUGGAAUAUAAAGUCGCUCGUUUGGAAGUGGAUGUUUUGUGGGAAAAUUACACACUCCAAUUUUUCUUUCUACGACUUCAUUAAGGAGCCUUUGUUUUUUCUUUCGUAG